AUGUUUCAACCGGACCAACAAGAAAGAGACUACUACGAACCUGUUUCUGCACAGCUGACCUUCAGCUCCAGCCUUCGUGAUCUCAUGCUCAAGGACUUGGUCUGUACUAGCACCGAGAUGAAGCGAAUACUCUUACACUGCGCCGUCAGUCUGGAGAGCCUCUACAUCCACAGUCUGACUAUCACGCCAGAAGAACGAGACGGACCUAGAUCCUGUCUCGUCGAUCUAAUCAAGUGGAUGCAACAAAAUCUCAACCUCAAGAACAUCGUCCUAGAAGGGAAGCUGACCAAUUGCGGCAUGCAAGACUGGCGCAUCGACCAUAACCACAAAGCACAAGAGCGAUGUCCUACUCCCAUCGACGACGAGGUCGAGCAGUUCAUCCUCCAAACAGACAGCCACCUCUGUCCACUCAAUCAUCUCACAAUCGAGCCCGGAUAUUUCGAUUUCAGAAGAGAAUUCCGGGAAACCCCAGUCCCCCACGACCUAAUCGACUUGGCGUGGACGGGUAACGAGAAUUUCAGGAUCGUGUAUGAUGCCCAACGCUAUGAUCGACAAAUGCUUAGACAACCAUACGAUAGUCCGGUUUAUGGUUCCGAGUCUCUUGUUGAGGUGGAGGACGAGUUUGGUGUCGACCAGCUUUGGCGGGAGGAAGACUCAGAUGGCCUGGAUGAGGAUGACAGGGAUGAAGCUGAUGCGGAUGCUUGGGAUGAGGACGGUUUCCCAUAUUGA